AUGGACCGAACAGAGCUCCUGCAUGCUGACCCCCUGGGGGAUAAUGUACAGUUAGAUGCAGCUGUCGUUGCUGAACUCCCACCCAACUCUAAGGUGGUUUCUGUGGGUUCGGGGGGGCCAGGUCACUGGGUCAAGACGGUGAAGAUUGUGGUCGAGCUGGAAGGUGGUAGCACAACGGAACUCUUCAAAAAGGGCGCCUCUGGGCCUACCGGGGCGAACAUGAUGAAAGGGGCAUUUGAAGCGGAGCAAGCCCUCUACGACUACAUUCCCGACAGGGUACCCAAACCCGUCGCAUGGGGAACUUACGCCAGUGACCCGGAUACCCAUUUCUAUCUGUCGACCGCCGUCUCUGCACUUCACCUCACCAGCAAGGGCAAAUCGCCAACUGGGCAAUUUGGGUUCCACGUCACAACUCAUUUAGCCAACGUCCCAGUCGACAAUUCGUGGAACUCAUCCUGGGAGGCGUUUUGGGCGCAACAGAUGAAGAGCCUUUUCGAUCGGGAGGAAUCAGUCAACGGCACCGACGAGACCUUAGCAGAGCUGAGGGCCGCAUAUUUCGAGAAGGCCAUUCCGAGAUACCUGGGACCGCUCGAAAGCGAGGGAAGAUCCGUCACCCCCAGUCUUCUCCAUUCUGACCUCUGGCCGGGGAACAUUAAACCACGAACGGCCACGGGUGAACUCUGCUUAUUCGACGCCUGUGCGUACUGGGGGCACAAUGAAGCCGACCUGGCCAUCUGCUACAACCCACGAUACAAGCUAGGGCAACCUGCCUUGGAAGAGUACAAGAGUCUUGUGGCCCCCUCGGAGCCUGGCGCGGACUUUUAUGAGAGGAAUGCGUUAUACGCCAUGAAAUACCAUGUCUUGUUGAGCAUCAUGUAUUCGGACAACAGUUCGUUCCGUGAGAAGCUGAUGGAGGAACUCAAACUACUUCUUGGGAAAUUGGAUUCUGAUCCCUCCGUCUCGAAGCCGGACGAAGCGGCGCGCUUGUAA